AUGGUUGCCGUCGUACGCGCGCCCUUCGUCGUCUCCGUGCUGUUGGGAGGUGCCCAUCCGCUCCUUCAUCCUCCCCUUCGUCGUCUACACCCAUGGGAUCGAGCUUGGAGCCGCCCCAUUGUCGUCGUCGUCCUCGUCUUCAUCGGCGGUCGCCACCGAUGCCCCGCCGCGGAUCCAUGCUCCGGCACGCCCCCGACCGGUCCGAGCUCGCCGUCAACCCUCCCUUGCGCCGUCCCCACGAUUUGGUCGCCGUGCCCGGAGUUCUCUGAAGCCCGCGUCCUCCCGCGCCGAGCUGUCGCCUGGGCGCUCCCCUGCACCCCCGCACGCCUCUGUGCCCGCGUGCGCGCCCGCACCCGCUGUCGCCCGCCCUUGCCGGCUGUCGGUGCCCCGCGACCGCGGCCGUCGCUGCUGCUGACCGUCUGCUGUUGCCGCUGCCGCCGCGUACUACUCCUCGCCUGUUGCAGCCCGCCGCUGCCGGCGCUUCCCCGCGGCCACCCUCACUCGCGCCUAAGCUGCCUCCGCAUCGCCCCUGCUCUGCCGCGGCUCUGCUCCGCCCGCACCACCACCGCCCGUGCAGACCGACGGCUAUCGCCGGCGCCCUCCCGCUCGCCGACCGCGCCAGCGUCCACCCCUACCUACCGCACUCUGCCACCGUCGCCCCCGGCUGCGGCCCCAACUGGCUGCGCCCGGGUUAAUUUGUCACGCGUGAGGACUUGA